AUGCUCCAAGGGCUGACGGGAGGGACCCAAAGCGGAACCAUCGACGAGUGUGGCGAAUACUAUCUCGUUGUAGCCGGCGACGACUGUUCCACCAUUGGCCUGCGCUUCGGUCUGAACUUUAGCCAGUUGCAAGAGUAUAACACGUAUCUUAACUCCACCUGCGGCAACCUGUGGCUUAAUUACGACAUUUGCGUCGCCCCUGUCACCCCUCAGACCGUUUCGACGGACGGUACGUGCCCUCCAGGGGUGACCUGCGAAGGAAGCGCGUUUGGCGACUGCUGCUCGCCCUUUGGCUACUGCGGAACCGGCUCAGAUUACUGUGUCACCACAACCAACGGCACGGCGACGUCCGACGGUACCUGUGGGCCUGAUUAUGGGGGGCUACUGCGGCAAUGGCACGACCUAUUGUGGUGCCGGAAAUUGCUACUCUGGCAGCUGUGA